AUGCCGAGAAUACUAACUCAAGCCAUCGGCUUAUUAGUCGCACUCAUCUAUGCAUGCUUCAUCUCCAUAGUCCUCUUGCCAGUAUUUCUUAUCUUUCGCAAGAUUCCGAAUAAUCCGGGUGAGCUUCUUAGACUUUUUCGAAAUGGUGAGUUCUUGGAGCGUGCGAAUGUAGAGCAAAGAAGACGGAUCGCCCAGCGGCUUCCCGAAGAAUUGCCUGGCGCAAGAGACAUUCCGAGUGAUGAACUACCACAAGCAAGACGAGCGCGGAUCGUUUCGCGUCAUGAGAUCAUGAUGGGGAGAGAAUCUCAAAUUGCUCAGUAUCGCGGUUUUCUUCUUGAGUUACACGAGUGGACUGCGAAUCGUGCGGCUAACAAUGGGCGAGUCGUUGCCCCUCCAGCAGUCGUCGAUGAUUCUAGUUCUGAAGCGGAGUUUGAUAUCGAUGAUCAUAACAUGAGCCUUCCCUGA